AUGCCGAGAAUAGUCAACAUCUACUCCCACGUAAUAGGAGCCAUCGUCUUCAUUCUGCUGCCAUUCUAUAUCUUCAGCGAUGGAAUACCAGCCAGAUGGACCAUCGCCUCAACGGCAGACGUGGUCGUCUGUACCGCCUACGCCAUCGGGGUAACCAUAUGUUUCGUCCUGUCCACGGCCUUCCACACCCUCAUGUCCCACAGCGAAUCCAUCUACCUCUCGGGCAUCAAAGCCGACUUCCACGGCGUCCUCGCCCUAAUGUGGUCCUCCGUCUUCCCCCUGGCGCACAACGUGUUCCACUGUUCCCCGGCCACGCGGGACGCCUACGUCGGUCUGACGGGCCUGCUGGCCGCCCUCUGCGCCGCGGCGACGGCGAGGCCGGAUCUGGGCGCCGUGGACUUGGGACACCACCGUGCCGUGUUGUUUGCCGCGUUUGGGCUCGCGGCGUUUGUGGUGCCCAUCGGGCACGGGGUGGUGCUGGCUGCGGACGGUGGACGAGAGGUGUGGGAUAGGGUUGGCGGGUGGUGGGUUUUGGGGACGGCUGGGUGGAAUUGUGUUGCUGUUUUUGUGUAUUGGUCCAAGGUCUUGGCUGCAGCUCUUUCGUUUGCAAAGGCUGUUGUCGUAGGGUUCGAUUACAGACAUGCGCAGGAGCUUGUGUGUUGA